UUUUUCCCCAGAUUUUGUCAAAAUUGUACGGACGGAUAUUCCUUGUAAACGAGACUCUGUGGAUGUUUUUGGAUCUGAAGACUAGCUUGUAGAUGUUUCGUGCGAUAUGCAAAAUUCAAUUAUGAAGAAAUGAUUUUGAUUUGGCAAAAAAUAUUUUGAUUUCUCUUUUUGGCUGUUUUCGCUUUCUGCUUCUGCUUUUGUAAUUAUUUAUUUAGGAUUUUUUUAAUAAUUUAAAUGCUACAAUUCUGACAGCCAUGAGGAAGAAGCUCGACACCCGUUUCCCAGCUGCUCGCAUAAAAAAGAUUAUGCAAGCUGAUGAGGAUGUUGGGAAGAUAGCACUGGCUGUACCUGUUUUAGUUUCUAAAGCAUUGGAAUUGUUUUUGCAAGACCUUUGUGACCGUACGUAUGAAAUCACCCUUCAGCGAGGAGCAAAAACUAUGAGUGCAUUGCAUUUAAAACAUUGCGUACAGAGCUACAAUGUUUUUGAUUUUCUGAGAGAGAUAGUCAGCAGGGUUCCUGACUACAGUCAUGGACAUUCUGACAACAGUGCAGAUCAUAGAAUCGUUCAAAAGAGGAAGCCCAUUGUGGAUGAAUGCAAUGACAGUGAUGAAGAGUUGAAGAGAAGCAAGGUGCAUGAGAUGAGCCAUGCAGGCAGCAGUGGCAGAGGGAGAGGCCGUGGUCGAGGAAGGGGCCGAGGACGAGGUGCUCGUAAUGUGGAAAGAGAGUCUUCUCAUCGUGAUAUUGAAUCUGAACCCAGCACAACUCUUCAGCAGAACUUAAAAAAUAACUCGACUCCUGGAAUGACGAUGGACAAUGGUUCUGAUCAAAAGGAAAUGUUGAAGGAAGAUAUGAUAGUCAGUGAUGGUGCCAAUGCCUCUGAAAGGAACUUUGACCUGAAUGCUGAUGUAAAUGACAAUGAGGACACAAAGGCUGCUGGUGCAACAGCAACAACAGCAACAACAGCUACCUCAACGGCAACGGCAACAGCAACAGCAACAACAGUGGUUGAUAGCUCAUCUUCAGUGCCUACUACUGAAACUAACCAUGAAGAAUAUCCAGGUUGGUCAGUCUCUGAAAUGGACAAGAUGGCAAUUGACCCUCUUCAGCUUGCACAGCUUGGCACACGAUUAGAUGAGGAAGAGGAAGAUUAUGAUGAAGAAGGCUAAUAUACCAUUAGUAGGUGGUUAGUGGUUGGAAUCUGGUUAAUAGGUGAUACAAGGAGAGGAAAGCAGCAGAUGGUGAAGACUAGAAAGACAAGUAAUAUCGGAGAAUGAGCUGUGUCAUUCUCCCUGGGAAAAGGCUUAAAUGGUAGAAGGGUAUUGGUUCUGUCUGUUUGAUCUCCUGUUGUGCUAUCUUCUAACAACCCAAUGCAGUAGUAGAUUUGCGUACAUUAGUAUUGUGUGAUUUGAAUAUCUAAUGUAGGAUGAACAUGACAGUCUUAGUAGAAGUUGCUGUUAAAGAUUAUAUAUGAUCUAUUUUUCAGUUUUA